AUUUUUCUUGCUUUCGAAUAUUUAAUAAUAAUAAUUAUUAUUUUUGGUAGAAAAUAGAAAUUCUUCUUCUAGGCCUUUGAUGUGCUGUGCUGUCUCAGUAGCUCCGUUGAUGCCAAUUGUACUGUGUUGUUAGCCCACCUUCUGCUUACCUUUUUCCCCUUCUUCUUCCCCACAUCAAACACACAGCGCAAACUCUGCUUCUUCCUCCUCCUUCCCUCCACCCGUCGUUACUUCCAAUGCCUCUCUUCCCUUCCCCUCCAUAAAUUCCCCGCCUUUCCCAAUCCCCACCCACUUCACUCCUUUCCCUCGCCCAAAAACCCAAUUACCCUUCUUCUCUCCGCAUCUACAAUGGCGCCGCCUCCGAUCAAAAUCAACAAAUCGGCGACGGCUCAGUCCCUCAGCAGCUCCACCACGGCCACAACCCUCGUCCGGGAAACCCUCCGGAUUAGCGCCAAUCUCGCUUCCGCUCCCCCGCUUCCUUCUCCUCCUACGAAUGCUUCCAAUUCGGCGGCGCAUCAGCAGUUCCCUACCGCCGUCGCCGUGCCCCCUGUUUACGCUGAUAGGAUGAGGAUGGGGAUGGUGGAAGAAGAGUUUGUUCAAUCCAGCCUCAGGUUGAUAUGCUGCGAGGAGAUUGAUGGGCGCCGAUGGAAGUACGUCGCCGAGAAUGAUGGUACCGGCCGGUUUAAGAAGAAUUCGGUCCGUGCUGUCCGGUUGCACGCCCCACAGGCACCCGUCGAGGAAUUGGUGUCAUUCAUAAGAUCCUACGUAGUGCCAGAAGGUUUCCCUGAUAGUGUCACUCCAUCCUAUGUUCCUUAUAUGACUUUCAGAGCUUUGAAGCAUUUCUUUGGCGGGGCAAUGGGCGUUUUCACGACGAAGACCCUUUUAAAUGCUGUUGGAAUUGCUCACAAGCAAGCCAUUCCAGGAGCUGUUGCUAUUAAUUGGAUUCUCAAGGAUGGAGCUGGUCGUGUUGGAAAAAUGCUUUUUGCUCGGCAGGGAAAGAAAUUUGACUAUGAUCUGAAACAGCUGAGAUUUACUGGUGACCUCCUCAUGGAGUUGGGUGCGGGGGUAGAGUUGGCAACUGCUGCAUUUCCGCACCUUUUCCUUCCUAUGGCUUGUGCUGCUAAUGUGGCCAAGAAUGUUGCCGCUGUGACAUCUACCUCUACACGUACACCGAUUUACAAGGCCUUUGCUAAAGGUGAAAACAUUGGGGAUGUCACUGCGAAGGGAGAAUGUGUCAGCAACAUCGCUGAUUUGUUGGGAACUGGCCUUAGCAUAAUGCUUACAAGAAGAAAUCCUUCACUGGUGAUCACAUUUUCACUCCUUUCAUGUGGAUACCUCCUCAGCUCUUAUCAAGAGGUACGAUCUGUGGUUCUGCAUACUUUAAACCGAGCCAGAUUCAGUGUGGCAGUAGAUUCCUUCCUCAAGACAGGACGAGUUCCUUCAUUGCGGGAGGGAAAUGCUAGGGAAAAGAUAUUCAGCCCUCCUGGUGUGAAGGAGGGACCUAUUGUCCUUGGUCCGAGAUUUAAAGAUGCUUUUCAGGAUCCAAGUUCAUAUCUCGCUAUAGAGCCUUUCUUUGAAGACGAGAGAUAUUUGGUAACAUAUAACCCAUCAAAGGACAAAGUCUAUGCAUUGCUGAAGGAUCAAGCUAAGGCGGAUGAUAUCCUGAAAGCUGCAUUCCAUGCUCAUGUCCUGCUGCACUCCGUACACUCUGCUCAAGAUAGCCGUAGAUCUUCCUCUCAAAAGGUUCAGGAUCAGGAUAAAAACUUGAGCUACAUUCUGUCGAAUGCUGACCUCGGUGAUCGUAUUGCUGAGUCAUGCAAGAUGGUCUCAACCCUUUACGGUCCUUUCAAAAGUAAAGCCGCAGAACAGGGUUGGAGGAUGUCAGACUUGCUUCUCAAUCCCGGGCGAGCCCGCCUUGUCACCACCGGUUAACAGGCCUAACCGGAAGAUCCCCUUUGAGCUAUUUUUUACAGACUGCCUGCUACUGGCUGUACAGGCGGCAUGAUAACUCCAAGAAAAGUAAAUAACAGACAUAAAGAACACAAAGAAGCUGACCGUGUGAUGGCAAAGGGCGAACGAGCGAGGCAGUGGCAGCAACCAGACCAACCAUCGGAGCCUCUUAACUCGUUGUAUUUAUAAGCUUGGCAACUUCGUUGACUCCAUGCCGCCAAGAAAAAAAGGCUCUGGCUUUUGGUGGAUUUUUGGGUUUAUGGGAGUCAUUCUGAAGAUGGAUGGGGUUUGUUUGGUGAAGGAAUGGGAGAAACAUAAGUGCAGACAGAGUAGCACACUGGAUCUGUGAGUAAGUAGUAAAUAGCCGUUUGUUGGAGUUUUUUUGGUAUAGUAGUACAUAGAGAAGAUGACUAACCCAGGAGGAGACGCAGGCCAGCAUAGUUUGCUCAACUGAACUCUUCCAUUUCCUCCCUUUUCUGCUAUUGUUUUCCAGCGGGUUGUGUGUUGGUGUCCAAUUUCUUCUGGUAUUGUCAUUUUGGUGCGCUUUUCAAUGUGUCUCCUUAUCCUUUCUUGAAUGGCUGUGGCCAUGGGUUGGUCCAAUUACAUAUCCAUCGUUUUACCCUAGAGAUUAGGAGCCUGCCCUGCAGCGAGUAAGAUGUUCUAUUAGACAUUAGAGGGUAACUAGGCUAGGGUGGAAGAAGGGCUCAGGUGAGUUCUAUUUACAUUACAGUACAGUCAGUUCAACAGAAAAUUUAAUGAGUCAAGCUGCUGCUCAUGCUGCAGUGCUUACUGGUGGUGGGUUUGAUUCAGUGCAGCAGUGGGAAUCGGUUGGUUGGUUCAGAAUAUCAUGCAUGCUUCUCUGCUUUCCUUGCUUGCUUUUGGGCUUCGACUUGUCCACUCUUACCUUUCACCUCAAAAAUUUGCCUCCCAUCAAUAAAUGUCUGUGCAGUGUUUUGGUUAGAAGUGCUAGAUAGUCAGAAGAUUAGUCUGA